CAAUGCUUGGAUAGUUGUCCGCGACCAACUGAACAUUACGGAGUAUAAAAACAAUAAAUAAUAAACUGAAAAUUCAAAUUACUAUAAAUAAUAAUUUUAACAAAAUUAAUUAAUUAUAAAUAGUGAUAAAAAUAUAGAUAGAAUUGUUUGUUUAUAAAUACAAAAAGAAGUUUUAUAAAGGUGAUUUAUAAUAAUGAAUUAUAAAUAAACUCACGUCUGAUGUGAGUCGUCCAGGUGAUUCGUCAUCUCCAACAACAGCUUGUAUCUGGUUAUAUGACAGUUAAAUAAGUAAACGUUUAUAGUUUUAUAAUAAUAACACACAAUUCAAUGAAACUCUUACGUAUUUUAAAUAUUUACUGAGAUUCUGUAGUACAACAUGUGGAGUCCAACACACGUACAAGUAACAGUUCAAAGGGCACGAGGAUUGUUAACAAAAGGAAAACACAAGACAAACGACUGCUUCGUGACAAUCGCACUUGGCAAGGAGAAAUAUCAAACGUCAGUUAAAGAGAAGGCCAACGAGAAUGUCGAAUGGCACGAAGAAUGUGAACUACAGAUUCCUUCGCAGGGCAAUACGGCGGAAAUAGUCCUCACUGCUCUUCAUCGUAACUUCCUGGGCGUUGACGAGUUCUUAGGAAUGGUCAGCGUCCCAUUGUCAAGCUUCGAUGUCUACGAGAGACCAAGAAACAGAUGGUAUAGCCUUGGGAGUAAGCCCGGUAAAGAAAAUACUAAAGAACGUGGUGAGCUUGAAGUUAAAAUAGGUUUUAUUGUAAAAGCUGGAAGUCUUACUGAUUUGACGCGUAAGGAACGUCACAAAAGUUCAUUGGGUCAAUUAUCUACGGCAGCUCAGUCUAUUGGUGGCAGCCUUUUGAGUAUUGGUAGUCUGGAGAAACGUAAGGGUUUGAAAAAAUUAGCUAAAUCCAUUGGGAAUCGUGUUAAAGGAAAAAGUAAAAGUAAAUUGGGACAUGAUCAUGAUUUUGACGAAGUAGAAGAACAUCAUAUUAGGCCGACUAGACAAGAACCUGGUGAAGCUGAUCCUGGUGUUAUUAGUGAAGAUGAUGAUGAAUUUACGUUUGACGACUUAUCACACAAAAGUUCAGCAUCAUCAUUGAAUGCUCCAGUAUCAAGUGGCUUAACUUCCGGUUACUCUAGUAAUUCAACAACACAAAGUUCACGUACAACCGACUUUAGCGUAUCAUCUGCACCUACAAAUCCAGCUCCAAAUAAACCACCUCGUUUUACCAGUGGCUCUAAUUUAAAUUCACCACUACCCACAAAUAAUAUUAGUGGUAUCAAUAACAACACCCAUAAUAACAAUAAUAGUUGUAAUAAUAAUAAUAAUAAUAAUAUUAAUAAUACUAAUAAUAAUGAUGAUGAUGAUGCUGAGCAAGAUGAAUGGGGUCGUAAGCUUUACGGCUUACAAUCGUCAAAUAUAAAUACUAAAAAAUGGGAUAAUAAAUUAAAUCCUAAAAUAGUAGUAGAUCAAGCAAAAGAUAACAAUAAUCAUGCACUUACGUCUUCAAUUAAUUCAUCGCCAUCAAUCACCACAAGAUUUCGUGAUACUCCAGAACCACCAAGUCCAGCUCCACGUGAAAUUAUUCAGGUUAAACGUACAAACAAGGAUGAUAAAACAAUACUGAAAGAUCGUAACUCUAAAGAAGAAAAACAGUUGAUCACUGGUAAUAGUGGUGGUAGAGAUCGUAGUCCUAAUGUUAGAGAAGAUAAAGCCGGUAAUAAAAGUCAAAAGGACGAAAAAAUAUCAAAGAAAGAUAAAAAAAAUCGAGAGAAAGAAUUACUUAAGAAUAAAGAUAUCGGUGAAGAAGUUAAAUUAUCUUCUGAAAGAAUUAUUAUUGGUGGUGAAGAUGCUACUAAAAAAAAUAAUAUGGGAGUUAAAAGUCGGCUUCCUCAUGAAGUUCUUGCACAAUUUGAUGGUAAAACACGUGAGGAUCUCAUUGAGUUGGCCUUACAAUUACAAACAGAAGUUAACGAUAAAAAACGACGGCUUUCCGAUCUUGAAGAUUACAUUGAUUCACUUUUGCUCCGAGUUAUUGAAACCUCACCCCGGAUAUUGCAGAAUCCGUACUCGACUAAUCAUCGUUUACUAUAGUAAUACUUACAAAUAAUUAUACUUAAGUUCAAUCAAAUCUUCCGAGUACUGCAGUUAAAUUCAUAUUUUUUAUAAAAAAAAAAAAAGAAAAAAAAAAAAAAGUUUCCUUUAAUUAAAAUUGCCAAUAAGUUACACUAAAUAUUAAAAUAGAAAACACAACUAACCCCUGAUUAAACAACUGAAUUCAACCGAAUUCAAAAUUUUAAUUAUGUUAUAUUCUAUCGAAUUCUGCAAAACAGAAUUCAACUAAAUUGAAAAUUUGAAUUUGAAUUAAACAGAAUAAAACCGACUUAAAAAUUUCAAAUUCGUGUUAAUUCAGUUUAAUUCGAAUUCAGAACUAGAAAUUGGAGAAUUAAUUAAAAUGAAACCGAAUAGAAUUAUUUAAAUUCGUUUUAAUUCGGACAAAUUCUGGUUUUCCUGCCGAAUGAGACAGAAUUCAUUUUUAAGUUACAUAGUUAGAAAUUUUGGGUUAAACUCAACACAAAUCGUGUGUUGCAAACGGUCUACACAAAUUUUUGUGUUAAUUCAACAUAUUGCGUUUGUAUUCAUCUUUAACACAUAUUUUAUGUUAAAUAAAAUUGAACAUAUAAAAUCUGUUCUUUUGACAGAAAAUUUGUGUACACUUAACAGAACAUUUGUGUAAAUUUAACACAUUUUUCGUGUUAAAAUCAACUAAUAAACAUAAGCACAUAACCUAACCAACUCAAGUGUACUAAUCUACCCUUAGUAGAACUUAUGUCAAUUUAGCAAAUCACUGAACCGGUUCAAAAAUAUAUGAAAGUUAUCUAAAUUUAAUUGUAAAAUGAAUAUAUUUAAUUGUCAAUCAAUUAUAAUUCAAAUUUCCCUGCAGAUAACGCUGCUACAAUGCUUUACUUGGUUAUAGUAAUGAAGAAUUGCGAGGGAAUGUUUAGUCAAACAACACAAAUUAUGUGUCAAUUUUUGAAUAACACAAGAAAUGUGUUACAUUCUAGAUUAUCUACUCAUUUAACAUAAAAAAACUGUUGAAGUAAAAUAACACAAACGGUUUGUAUUGAAUUAACAGAUUACUGGGUGAAAAAUCAAAACAAAAAAUUUAACCAAAUAAUUUUUUAACACAAAUUUAUAAAAUUUGUAACUGUGUAGGUACCGAGUUAACAUUAAAAGAAUUUAUCUGAAUUAAAUAGAAUUAAAAAUUUAAUUCUGUUUAAUUCGAUCGAAUUAAGUUGUUCAAUCAGGGACGUUAUACGUUAUGAAAUUAAUAUUAAUUAAAUUUAUUGGUUCAUAGAUCGACUGAAUAAAAUCGCUAAAAAAUCACUAUAAUUAUCGAAUGAUUAUUAAUAAUUUAUGUUAAAAAGUCUUCCUCUAGAAAUUAUAUAAAUUUGUAAUUUUAGUUUCCGUCCGUCCUGAUAAAAAAUUAUUUUGUUUUUUUCCCAAAGAGUACUAUCAUUAAUACACAAAGAGAUAAUUAUAUUGAAUUUAUUAACACGUGAUUAUAAUAAUUAUUAUAUUGUUAUUAUUUAAUUAAAUCUAAAGCCAGUGCCUUACGCAUUAUAAUCAAUAAUAAAAUUAAAAUAUAUGUAUAAGAUAAAAUAAUUUUAUUAAUAUUGUAAAUUAUACUUUAAAUAUAUUUGAAUGUAUACUUA